ACGGGUCCGACGCUGGGAGCCGUCGGAAAAUGGACUCAGUAACCUUUGAGGAUGUGGCUGUGAACUUCACUCCGGAGGAGUGGGCUUUAAUGGAUACUCCACAGAAGAAACUCUACAGAGAUGUGAUGUGGGAAACCUUCAGGAACCUGGCCUCCGUAGGAAAGAAUUGGAAAAACCAUGACAUUGAAGAUCUGUACAGAAACCAGAGGAGAAAACGAACAAGUCCUGUGGUAGAGAGAAUCUGUGAUGGGAAAGUGGGUCGUCAGUUUGAAGACAACUUCAUCCCUAUUUCAGAUCGCAAUCUGAAUGAGAAAUCGCUUGGAGUAAAGCCAUGUAAAUACAGUGUGUGUGGGAAAUCCUCCAUACAACAUUCGUCUCCUAAUGGGAACGUCAGAUGUCACACUGAACAUAAGCCAUGUAACUAUCAGAAAUAUGGAGAGAAGCCAUAUAAACGUUAUCUCCAGUGUAUUAAAAAACAUGAAAGGAAUCACAAUGGAGAGAAACCCUAUGAAUGUAAGCAAUGUGGUAAAGCCUACAGAGAUCGCAGUUCCUUCAAAACACACGAAAGAAGUCACUCUGGAGAGAAACCCUAUGAAUGUAAGCAAUGUGGUAAAGCCUACAGAGAUCGCAGUUCCUUCAAAACACACGAAAGAAGUCACUCUGGAGAGAAACCCUAUGAAUGUAAAACAUGUAGGAAAGCAUUCGCUUGUCUCAGUUACCUUCGAAAACAUGAAAAGAUGCACACAGGAGAGAAACCCUAUGAAUGUAAGCAAUGUGGCAAAGCCUUCAAAUAUUGCAGUUCCUUACAGUCUCACAAAAUAAGUCACACAGGAGAGAAACGCUAUAAAUGUAAGGGAUGUGGUAAAGCUUACAGUGGUCUCACUGCCUUAAAAACACACCAAAGAAUUCACACAGAAGAGAAACCCUAUAAAUGUAAGGACUGUGGAUCAGCCUUUAGAUAUUACAGUUCUUUACAAAUACAUGAAAGGUCUCACACUGGAGAGAAACCCCAUGAAUGUAAAACAUGUGGAAAAGAGUUCAAUUAUCUUAAUAAUCUUCGAAGACAUGAAAGAGUUCACACAGGAGAGAAACUCUAUAAAUGUAAGCAAUGUGGUAAAUGUUACAGCGAUCACACUUCCUUCAAAACACACGAAAGAAAUCACAUGGGAGAAAAGCCCUAUGAAUGUAAAACAUGUAGUAAAGCAUUCGGUAGUCCCAGUUAUCUUCGAAAACAUGAAAGGAAUCACACUGAAGAGAAACCUUAUGAAUAUAGAUGACAUAGUAAAGCCAGAUAUGACACUUCCUUAGAGUCACAUGAGUGGAUUUACAUAGCAGAGGAACACUAUGAUUGUAAGCAAUGUGGUAAAGGUUAUAACAACCACACUUCCUUAAAAACACACAAAAGAAGUCACAUUGGAGAGGAACCCUAUGAAUGUAAAACAUGUGGAAAAGAGGUCACUUGUCUUAAUUAUCUUUGAAGACAUGAAAGGACUCACACAUGAGAGAAACCCUAAGAAUGUAAGCAAUGUGGUAAAGGUUAUAGUGAUCACACUUCCUUAAAAACACACGAAAGAAGUUACACUAGAGAGAAACAUUAGGAAUGUAAAACAUGUGGAAGAGUUCAGUUGUCUUAAUUAUCUUAGAAAGCAUGAAAGGACGCACACAGAAAAACCCUGUGAAUGUAAGCAAUGUGGCAAUGGUUACAGCGAUUUCACAUCUUUAAAAACACACAAAAGUAGUCACACUGGAGAGGAAAUUUAUGAAUGUAAAAUAUUUAGAAAAGUGUUCAGUUGUCUCAGUUAUUUUCAAAAACAUGAAAGGACUCACAGGAGAGGCACACCAUGAAUGUAAGCAAUGAGUUAAAGCUUUCCAUUCUCUACAAGGGUUUCAAAGACAUGAAAGAAAUCACACUAGAGAGAAACUAAAUGUAAAAAACGUGGGAAAGCUUCCAUUUUGCACACAAACAAUUGAACAGAAGUGAGCAUGCACUGUUCUAGCCCACCCUAAUUUUUUUUUCUAUGAGCCGAGUGGUAUCUAUACAAGCCCAAUGUUUUUCCCCAAUGGAAACACCAAAAAGGAAAGGGAAUGCAACUGUGAAGGCAAUCAUCCAAGUAUUAAUUUGAUUGUAUUAAGUGACCUGUAGGGAGAGGGUAUCACUUUGAGUAAUGAUCAUAAUUUAGUAUAAAAGGAGAUGUGGACCCAGCUGGUAUGGCUUAGUGGUUGGGCAUUGACCCAUGCAACGAGGUUGCCAGUUUGAUUCUCAGUCAGAGCACAUACUCAGGUUGUGAGUACGAUCCACAGUGGGGAGCAUGCAGGAGGCAGCCAAUCAACGUUGAUGUUUCUGUCUCAUUGAUGUUUCUAUCCCUCUCCCAGUCUAAAAAUCAAUAAAUUUUAAAUAAUAUAU